AUGUCAGUUGUAGAGGCCUUUCUCCGCGGCGGUGCUCCGUGCACAACACCGUCGGAUCUGACCGAGGUGCUGAGCAGUGCGCACCCACCCUACGCGUAUUGGAGGUGUGUUGCAUACUACCCCCGCCGCUGGCACCACGAUGCCAUAGACAACAGGAUUACCGCUCCACUUUUUUUCCUUCUUUUUGGUCACCAGGACCGGUGCGAUAACCGCGGCGCUGAUGGUGACACGGCACCGACGGAAGAAGCUGUGACAGUGCCCGAGGCGGCAUGGCAUCUUCUCUACUACACCAUUCUGCCUGAAGGGGCGGCUCCUAUAGAAACAUUCACCCGCGACCGCAAGGCAACAGUGGAGGCGGAUAGGGAGAGUGGCGGUCUCGGUGGGAGUUCCGCAGCAGCUCUUUUCAGCAGUGGAGGCGGCGUUGGCAUCUUGCGCGUCCUCCUGAGCACUGUCCCUGCUACCUUGUUGCCCAGCGGAUCGCUGGAGUGGUACAGCGUGGCACAAGGGAUUGCAUACGAGCGGAUGGGCCUCUUGACAGCAUCUCUAUUCCUCGCGAAACUCGUGCCUGGCGUCGGUGAGGUGCUCAGCAAGCACUGGAGGCCGAUGGCACGCGAUGCCAAAGAGGUAGACACAGGUAAGGCCCUUGGUACGUUGCCAACAUCACCGUUUAGUGCGGGGUAUUAUGUAGUGGAUGGAGCGGCUGUGGAGAUUGUCGACCUAAUCCCUAGCGACGACGCGUCGUCUUCGACGUUUGUUGCACACAGGCGGGCCAACUGCGAUCCCGCGUCUGUGAACGACAGCGUUUCCUUGACUCCAGCGUUUCCUUCUUCGCUUCUCAAGUUUCGGUUUAUCACGGCAACGGUCCACGACGCCGUUCAGUGGAUGUGCACGGGGAGUAAGAUGGCGGCUGUGGCAACUGACGCCUCCGCGCCGUCAAUCACCGAGGCUGGCUGGCACAUCCUCUACCCCCUCAUGGCAUCGUUGCGGCCCUGCAUGUAUUCCUCUCUCUUCGAAGAGGCCACCGACGUCGGUCGACCAAAAGGUGCAUCGUCAACUGUGAAUGUCGAGUCGCUGACAGGCCUGGCAAGGCUUCGCGCAGAGCGAGACGCCGGUAUUGCGCAGUGGAAGAAGCAGAUAGGCAGUUACACCAGUUUCACAGUCCCGGAGGAGUACAACGCCAUUAUCGCCGCUGAGUGUAUAGCUGACGCUCCUGCUGCGAAAGGUGCUCACGCAGCGGCCGACGCAGCUUCGUCUGCAGUACCGCCCUCGACUACCACCGUCACCACCGCGGCGUCAGGGGAGAGGUUGUAUCAGCACGUGCUCCUGCUGCAGCGACCUAUUGUCACCAAGGAGCCGAUCGAUGUCGACAACCGCAAUGCUGGACCCCUUUCCCCACAGCCGAUCAGCGCAGAGCUGCACCUUGUGUGCGAUCGCGGAGACAUCUGCUACGCUCUGGAGCAGCUGGACAACCGCGCGAACCUGCACUUUGUGUUUGAGGACACAGUGCACGAUGACGGUGAGGUGUUGGUGCAACUAACGCCGGUCGAAGGGGUGCCAUUUUGUGACCUUGAGGAGUACUUCAGAAUCGUGUCUGCUUCGUCGAUGGCGCUCAGUUCAGGAGGUGCAACUCAGUACUCUAGCUCGUGCUGCCCUGCAGUAGUGCCGCGCGUUGUGUAUCGUCGGCCAACAGGCAAGGUCCAGAAGGCCAACCCCAUCGCAUAUGCACUGACCGAGUUGGAGGUGACGUCGCCGACGCUGGCGAUGGUGAGGGCUGCUGCUGCAGCUCUUCUCUAUGUCUCGUCACAGCUGGUUGAGGUAGCGGAGGCGACGACAGCCUCCUCCCCUACUACCGGGACCUCGUGCAGUGCACCAGCGCCGGGGUACACGCUGACCGUGCCGCCUGUUGACUUCAGCACUGUUUCGCAGAAGAAAUGCGGCUGGUGUGGCCGCCGGCGCGAAGUUCUUCUGCGCUGUAGCGGUUGCAAGGCUGUGUCGUACUGCUGCAAGCGGCACCAGACACUGGAUUGGAAGGAGGGCUCUCACAGGCUGGAGUGUAAGUGGUGGCGUCGCGCGCGCGAGCUGCAGGAGCGCGUUGUCGUGCCGUGGAUGACGCAAUCCUCGACAAUGUGGACGGCCGUGACGGCCGAUGGGAAGCCGAGCUUCUUCCCGAAGAGUCAGGGCUGGUCUUGCGCUGCCACACUGAUCCAGUUUGUGAGCGACAUCAAUGUGCCUACUCGAAGUGCUCAGCUGAAGUCGUCAUCGCCUGACAAUGCAAUCCACUACAUCCACAUUGUGGGACUGGACACCGCGUGCGUGGGUGACUUCGUACGGGCCCUGGCAGAGGACAGUCAUGUGCGGGAGGAGUUGGCGUCCCUCACUUUUGAUGCUACUGGUGGUGAGCGGCAGUACCGCAUGCUGGUCUGUUCCGACACCUUCACGGAUUCCCAACGCAACGCCGUGUGGGCCAUCCGUCGUGCCAACACCGACUCGCUGUGGCUGACACCUGCCACAGGAGUCCUGGGUGACGCGUGGCACUGUGAAGGGGCUAACAAAAUGGCGACGCGACCCACAUGUGUGAUGGCCCUCAUUCGACUGUCCGGCAUCCAAUAUCACACAAUAGAAAGGCACCUUGGCGCAAGCAGGGAAGGAUGCCCACGGGCUGUGCUGCACUUUGGACCCGCGAAUGGUGAGGGGUGCACUUACCUCACCGCUGCCCUUGAGGUGUUUGCUACCCACGACGUUGGCGUUGUACCGCUGCGACUGGUGGACAGCUCGUACGUCGGCGCUGCCCGUACGCGUGACGCAAUGGCUGCGCGUGUUGCCAGCAGUGAUACGUGCCCCACCACCACCAAGAGUCGUGUCGCAGCGCUCGUGGCCAAAGCAAAGCAGGCCGAGUCAGCCGAAGUACCAAGCGACGCCGACGACUCAUCGGGUUCCUCACAGGGCCCGUUCUUUAUCCACUUCAACAAGGAGGGUGCGGUAGCUCUGGCAGCAGCCGAGAAGUUGAGUUGCACUGCAGGAUUCACGUCUGCAGGGCCGGCCUCGGCUUCUGUCGUGACGCCAUAUCUGAACUGCUUCCUCUGGGAUGCAUUGCCUGCUGACUACACUUGA